AUGCGCUUCGACGUCCCAUAUUUGGUCUUUGGAAUGCUGGCUUGUAUCAGCCUACAUGUACAAGCUGCGCCGUUCAAUGGAGUCGCUGAUGAUGGUCUUGGUCUCGUAGUCCGUGAUUCUUUGACAAACCCUAAGACUCAUCUGCGAGUGCGAGCCUCGAGCAGCGAGCAGUCUAAGAGUGGUUCAGGGAACUACGUUAGUCUAUCGGGAUAUGGUGAUUACUGGAACGUAGUGAUGGGCUCCGGGCAGAAGAAUGUGAUAUUGGUCAGAUUCGAUGGCCUGCAUGGAACGGCAUUGACUCGUCAAGGGAAUCUGUUUGCCCAUCUGGACCCGACGUUUGAACCGAUCGAGGACCGAGUGCACAAAGCGAUCAAGCACCUUGACCCUCUCAAUUCUCGCCAGGUAGUCUUUACGAACCAGUACAAAUUCCACGGUGCUUGGAGAAGCCUAAACCCAAAGAAAAUUGUAUCCGACAUAACAGGCGCCGGAAUUCAAUACUUAGAGCAUGGGGGUAGAAUUUCCAUUGACCAAGAAGGCGUACCAACCAUAACCGUUAAAAUUCAAGCUGAUGGAAAGGUCGUGCCACGCAACAUAAGAGUCAUGGAUGGAAAGGUCCUUAAUGCAUGGUGA